CCAGAAUUCGUUUACAUGGUCUUAACUCCCGCAUGCUUAAAAAUCAUCCUUUGCUAAUUACUCUCGCCCCAAGCUAAAUUAACAUCAGCGCCUAAUUCUGUUGCUCUGCAAUUCGCUGAGUUUUCAUUUCUCUUUUGCAUGGAUAACAUUUAUCUAGAGUGAAAAAGAAAUGUCGUCCUCAACACGCAGAAAUCCACCAGACUGGGAGAGGACAGUGAAGCGCUUCAUCCGCAACCAGAUGCGUGCUGAAUUUCAACGACUAGUACUAGAUCUUUCAUUUUUCUUCGUUGAAUCAAAAGAAAAUGUUUUUUAGCCAAUCGCCAUAAUUAUCAUUUUCGAUUAUCUAUCACAAUUGUGAAUAUUCUACUAAUUUCAGGGCCUAGCAUGGCACGACGAACAAACACAACUUCCAGAGGCUCUCACGAACCCACCUGUUCUACCACCGUUGCCACCGCUACCGCCUCAAGAUGCUGCUCCACAAGCCGCGGGUUGUGUGCCAAAGCCAGUGCUUCAACUUCCGGAUCUGCCUUUGGCAGCAUCUACAACGCACUACUCAUCUAGUACAACAAACGCAGCACUACCAGUACCCCACGAAUGCGAAACACCUAGCACAACCACAGGAUCCAUAUGGAGUACACCAAUCAAAGUUGACAAGAACAAGCUGCAACCAGGGAGCCCUCUCACGGCUGAGUCUGUGAUCAUGCUACUGAUCCUAGCCAAAAAAAUAGAAACGGA